UCAUUUCCUGAUUGGAUGAGUUUGACGGCGCGUGCGGACAGACAGCCAGCUGAAAGAGGUCGCGUGUCUGCUGCCUGUCAACCUCUUGAUAACUACAUACUCAUUUCACAUUUGCGGAAAAAACAACCAUGGAAUUAUUGAAUCGAUACCUGGACAGGAGUAACUCAGUUAGCUCUGUUUUGACCCAAGAGGUUAUCAGGGAGGAGACCCUGAGGGAUGACCUGAAGUAUUACUUCAUGAGCCCGUGUGAGAAGUACCGGGCCCGACGGCAUUUACCCUGGAAACUGGGGGUGCAGAUACUUAAAAUCAUCAUGAUCACUACACAACUCAUCCUGUUCGGCCUCAACAACCAGCUGGUGGUGUCCUAUAAGGAGGAGAACACGAUUGCUCUGAAAAACCUUUUCCUGAAGGACUACAGUGGAGUGGAUGAGGAUGACUACUGUGUCGCCGUCUACACGCAGCAUGGCGUCUAUGAAAGUCUGUUUUAUGCCCUGGAUCAGUACAGCCAGUUGGGCCGCCUUUCUGUGGGUCCCAUUAGUUACGCUGAGGAUGAUGACGGCAAGCUGCUUCCUCUUAUCAUCUGUAAGGAGUACUACAAGAGAGGCACCGUGGAGCCCUCAGAUGAGGCCUUUGACAUAGACGCUCAGCUAGAAACAGUUUGUAUGUCACAUGAUCCAAAGACUGCGAACCAAUGGAAAACCCAGAAUUCAUCCUUCUUUGAUCUAGACUUUUACAGGCUUGUUGACAUGAAAAUGACCUUCCAGCUGAAAGGAAUCAACCUUCAGACAGUGCGAUCCCGCGAGUUACCUGACUGCUACUUCUUCUACAUCACGAUCACAUUUGACAACCAGUGUCACAGCGGAAAAGUGAAAAUCUUCCUUGACAUAGACGCUCAAAGCAGUGCCUGUCAAGGCUGGAAAAUAUCUGGGACAGCUCAGAAAAACACUCACUAUCUCCUGGUAUUUGACGGCUUUGUCAUUCUUAUUUGCCUGACGUCAGCUGUGCUGUGCACCCGUUCCAUCGUUCUGGCUGUCAGGUUACUCCAGAGGUUUUCCAGAUUCCUUCAUGAGAACUACAAUCGUAAAGUGUGUGAGGAUGACCAGAGCGAGUUUCUGAAUGGCUGGUAUGUUCUGGUUAUCGUCAGCGACCUCUUGGCAACAGUUGGAUCCAUACUUAAGAUGGAAAUAAAAGCGAAGAGUCUGACCAGUUAUGACGUGUGCAGUAUCUUCCUGGGAACUUCUACUUUAAUGGUGUGGGUUGGCGUGAUCAGGUACCUCGGAUACUUCCAGAAAUACAACGUGUUAAUUUUGACCAUGAAGGCAGCCUUUCCCAAAGUGCUUCGUUUCUGCUGCUGUGCUGGCAUGAUCUACCUCGGCUACACCUUCUGUGGCUGGAUCGUACUGGGGCCAUACCAUGAAAAGUUUGAAAGCCUGAGUCGUGUAGCAGAGUGUCUGUUCUCCCUCCUGAACGGUGAUGACAUGUUCACCACCUUUGCCCAGCUGAAGGACAAGAAAACUUUAGUGUGGCUCUUCAGCCGGGCCUACCUCUACUCCUUCAUCUCGCUCUUCAUCUACAUGGUUCUGUCGCUGUUCAUCGCCCUCAUCACUGAUUCAUACGAGACCAUAAAGAGAUAUCAAAAGGAAGGAUUCCCAUUGACAGACCUUCAGAAAUUCCUCAGAGAGCACAAAGAUUUUCCUGUUUCAGAGGAGAGCAGUCAGACAGACGCCAAGCUCCGAUACCCGGUGCUGUGCUGCUGCCAGAGUGAGUUAACAUGCAGUAACAGAAGCAACGACGUGCUCAUGUUAAAUCAAGUAAGUUAGGAAACGAAUCACCCUUAAGCAUACGUGAAGCCAACAUAGUAAUCAGUAGCAGUAAUAUCUUAUGUCUCAUAAGUCUCGUAAGAGACAUUUCAAUGGUGAGGCUAUGACAGCCAAGACUUAAAUCUCUCUGCUGCAUUUCAUGUGUGUUAUAAUUACACAGCAUAAUAAAACAGUUAAGCUUCGGAGUGGAUAUUAUUGUGAAAAACAUUUAGCAGAUGGAGUGUCGAGCUUUGCAUAGAACAAAUGAACUAGACGUAUAACUAAAAGUCUGAACAUUCAAUGUGGUUUUGCUUUACAACAAAAUUAUUUGACACCACUUCCCUGCUCUCUGUGAAAUACAUUCACAUCCUCAAACGACUACAACAGAUUGUGGAACAGAGAGUCUGAGACAACCACAAUGUAGAUUUUAUGUAAAAGGAACAUAAUUAGCUGUUUUCUCUUGAAAGCAAACCUGAGAAAGUGUUCAAGAGGAGCAGUGACAAGGCUAUCAUUUCCUAAGGCCAUGUUUGGAGAAUCUAUUAUUACAACCGCACAAUCAGAGAUUCAGACCUCUUCCGGAAUUAUUUGGUUUUCAUCCUUUUGUCUUCCUGUCAGGGCAAACACUUCAUGCAGGUAGAAAUGCAGAAAAUAAAGAAACAUGUUUUUACUGGUUUGUUAAGUUGGAAUCAAUUAUCUUAUUACAUGUAGGGGAUUGUCUUAAGAACUGGAAUAAAUAUAUUUGCCAGAGUUCAGAACAAAACUCACAAGAAGCCGUUAGUGUUGACAAAUGUACGUUUUUGUGUUGUCUUGACGACAUGUUCAAUUUGCACAACUCCAAAGAAACUGCUCAGAAAUAUUACGGGAAAGAGGAGCGGUUAGGUGAAAAACCUCAGUUCUUAUUUUUUUAUUACAAGUUGGAUACGAACCCGGGCUUCCUGCCUCUGUACAUGGGGCACGUGAAUCAACUACCAGGCCACCGGCACGUUCUAAACAAUAUUAACAUUAUCAACACAUCUGUCAUUGCAUGUAUAUUCAAACCAUGUUAAAUCAUUGUACACAUAUUUGUCGACAAGUACUCGUUGGUGACACAAGUAGAAAGUAUGUCUAUCUUGUGCUGAUGAUGAAAUAUUAAAUGUCUGAUGCUCUUUUUUUACAUGUUG